AUGAGACCUCCCCAGGAGGGCACGGGUCUGGGCCCCGUCCUGGUCCUCCAGUCGCGCGUCCGAGCCUUCCGCGUGGGGCGGCGAACUUCACCUGCUGAGCCCUUUUCCUUCCUGCCCCCGCCCACACCCAGGUCUGACUGGUUUCUCUAUGACUGCUGCCUCCUCAGACACAUGGCCCUUGGCCUCUUCUGCUGUGGGGUCUCCGUCCACUUAGCAGCACUGUCCAUCUAUUCCCUGCUGCUCUUCGAGAUCGAGACAGGUGCAGCGGCCGCCUCCAUCCUCGGCGCAGGUGCCCUGGUCCUGGUGGCUGUGCUGACCCACACUCUGCUCCGAGCUUCCCGGGCCACCCGUCAUGGCCUCCAUGAGCUGUCCCCACCGCACUUUGAAGAUGACCCCAUCCGCGCUGCUGAAGUCUCCAAGACCAGCGCCGGGGCUCAGCCCCAGCAGGGUACCCACCGCUGGACCCCCUACUCAUUCUGCCCAGAACCUGGGGACUCCCUCAGACCCACAGUUACUGCCACAGCACCUGCAGACCUGGGGGGAGGCCGAGAGAGCAGCCUGCCUGCACCUCUCAUGCGCCGGACACUGUCAGCCAGUGGGGUGCACUGGGAAGGGGUCACCCAUGAGACACAGCUGUUGGGCCACAGGCCUGGGGGCUCAGGGAAGGACUCCACACUGGUGUGAGCCCAGAGAUCCGGAAUAGAGACCUGGUGUCAGACAGCGGGAAGAGGACCCUGUAGAGAUAAGUCCAGGCUCACCCACAGUAGCAGUAUGAUUUGAUUUCUCAGUUCACGGCAUCCCUGGCUUUUGUCCUCAAUGUUGCCUCUUGGCACAAGAUGGCUGCCAGGGCUCCAGCCUUCACCUCCUAACUCAGAGGGAAAGGCAGAGGCCAGGGCUGGCUCAGGAUCUUUUGGAAGUCUUCUAGGAGGUCUUGGGACCCUUCUGCUU